AUGACACAGGGAACCACGAAGCCUCGCCAUCCCGGUUUCGACAGCAAAUUUUACGCCGUCCAGGACUUCUAUGGCCUCCGAGCGGCAAGUCUUACCAAUGCAAUCCACCCACUGUUCCGCAGAUCUAACUUUCAAAGUAGCCUGUUUGAUUACGAAAAGCUAGAGACGACUCUCCGGCUAGCUUCCAAUCUCCUCGAAGUCGCCCUGCCGGUCUUCCAUUGCAUCUUCUUCUCACCACCGGUCCCAUUCGCCGACGAGGGAGAAGGUAGGGACUCUGGCUUCUUUCCUCGACCCCUCGACGUACUAACAACGCGACAGGUAAAGAGAACCCGGGCCGCUCUGGCAGAAUUCACUGGUAACAUUCUCUUCGGUAUUGCGGACAUUGAGGGUUGCCACGCAAACUGCGAGUACUACGACAGUCCGGACAAGCAGAUUCGCGGCUGCAAAUAUUUGAAAGGAUACCGCAGCCAGAUCAACAUCGGGCAGCCCUUGUACGAGCAAGUCUUGGCAGCCUGGGAACAUCCCAACGACAUUCUCGGCCAUCACUGGCACAGUUUCCAGCUAGCCGUUACUCUGGUUCACGAAGUAACGCAUGCGGGCGUUGCAGCCGGCACACCGGAAGUUUUCCAGUACGAUGGCUUCAUUCUAGGUGACUGUAGCCGAUCCGAACCAGGCUUGGCCCUUGAGGAGUGGCUAUUUGGGGGCACAUUCAGCGCAAGCCCAUCAAAUCGGCCUCGAUAUCGUCUGGAUGGUAUUCCUAGCAAGCUCGAUUCCCUGAUCGCCUACACUGAGGGGCCUGAUCCAGCGGCGUUGACUGCUUAUCAACAUGCAGGUGACAAGAUCUAUGUCCGUCCGGGCUCGUUACCCGAGGUGGUUGUCAAGUGGACAGCUGACCUCGAGUUCAUCUCGAACUUGUUCCAGGAUGCCUUCUGGAACGAGGAGACUCGAAAGCCGAGGCGCAAAGCCCUACGGCCCAGGAUGACAAUCGGCGUCCGUAUGAGCCUUGAUUUGGGACAGAAGUGUUUCGUACCCUUCCCUCCAAUAGGUGUCGUGGACAAUGUCACCGCGAUGCCCGAAGGCUACUCGCUGGACGAAUGUGGAAUGCUUUACGCAACACAACCUGGCUCUCAAAGCAUCCUACAAGCAGCCGAAACUACCACAUCGCCUCGUCCCGCCAGAAGUACGUCCAAUAGGCUUGGGAGGUGGUUCAAACGAGCAAGGCAGGUGCCCUUGACGCCACCGCGAAGACGGAUGAAAGCCUAA